AUGAAAGAUGUCCGAGGGUUCUUCGCAUCUGAACUCGACGAUCGUUGGGAGGUAGACCGGUGGCGUAGGGGUAAAGUCAACGGCACUGAAAGCAGAGGGCGAAGAAGGCUCCAGCAACGAAUCCCACUCCGGCAAUGCAGGCUGGUCUGA